AUUCCACUCGUUCGCCUCGAAAUGCUACGUCGCAAGCAGAUAUCAUGGCAGCGCUCGCCGGACUACCGAUUCCCCGAAUGGACUGGUCUUCAACCGACGCGCCGCAAGCCCUUAAGAAGUUCAAAAGCCUCUGUCAGCUUUAUUUCGCUGGUCCACUAAAGGAUAAAAGCGAGGAAGAGCAAGUCAGCUAUCUCUUAAUAUGGUCAGGCGAAGAAGGAAUCGAACUGGUUUCCACGUGGUUGCUAACAACCGACGAAAAGAAAAAACUCAGCACAUACUGGGAAAAGUUCGAGGACUUCGUGGCACCAAGAAGCAACUUCAGGCUUGCACGCUUCAAACUCCGCACCCUGAAGCAGGAAGCUGGCGAAUCAGUCGAUUCAUUCCUAAAGAAAGUACGGAUUUUAGUAAACGAGUGCAAGUUCACAAACCCCGAUGAACAUAUUAUCGACACUCUUAUCUUCGGAUCGAACAAUCCGCGCGUUCAGUCAAAACUCCUCGAGUAUGAUGCCAGUCUGACACUUAACAAAGCAGUGAGCAUCGCAAGAACCCAGGAAGCCACGAGUAAUCAAUUACAGGACAUCAGAGGUAGCCAAAUCACCACAGUCGAUGCUCUGCAACAUGGCCGAAACACGCAACACAUGAACACACCACCAGCACAGGGCACCCAAGGCGAAAGGUGUGGAAAUUGUGGCACCUUCCACGAUCCACCCCGUAGAUCGUGCCCAGCAUAUGGAACAAAAUGUGAUGCCUGUGGCAAGUUUGGCCACUGGAGAUCCGUUUGCCGUUCCCGCCCAAGGGCCAAAACCAGGGAUAAACAGCACAGACCACAAGUUGUACAUGCCAUAGACACCACAGAGCCCAACACCGACUGUCCAACAGUACAGAGUAUCGAUGUUCCACAACCGCAACUGUAUUUCCACCCCUUGUAUAUAGACAGUGUUGUUGAAAGGGAUACUCAAGCCUUGUUACAGAUAGAAGUGGACGCAGAUGAUUCUGAGGCCGUUGGUAUCAUGAAAUUUUUUAAGUCUGCCGAAAGGAACACGCUAAGUUCUAAGGAACCAAGUGACAUUGCCGAGAGAAGCUCGAUUAGCUUCGCUACAGAAUCUGUGCAAAUAAACGAGAGCACGUGUUCGGCCACUUCUUCACCUGUUGACGAUCACUCGUCAAGUACAUGCAGUGGAACAGAGCAGACUACAGUGAUAGCUACACCUACCAUCGCAGAUGUGCAAGACAAUAUUCCUCAGGAUUCUGCAGAAAGCAAUGACAAUGAAGCUUCUGAUGAAGGAGAUGGUAGGACUCGUGUGAACCGUGUAAGGCAAAGACCAGCAAGGCAAAAACAAGCUCCCCUUGUUUGGCAAAUGGUCCAUGGAACAACAUCACGUGAUAUUCCAUUCAUAGGAAAUUCCGGUGUACAAGUACAGACAGUAGGGUUUGAACCACAAGAAUACUUUGCCCUAUUCAUCAAUGAUGACUUGCUCAUUUGUUUUGUAGCACAAACUAAUCGCUAUGCAGACGAAUUUAUAGCUGAGGGCAAUCUUAGAAGAAGAUCCCGUGCAAAUGAUUGGUCCUCAACUGACAGGACAGAAAUGAAAAAAUUUCUUGGGUUUGUUUUUUUUAAUGAGGAUUAUUCAUAA